UCGCUGCCCCCGCCGCGGGCUCGACCAAUGGGAGAGCGCGCAGAGGGGCUCGGAGGGCCGCGCCGGGAGGGCUGAAAACCGCGCGCGCGGGCGGCGGGCUGCGGACGCGCGCUACACCCCGCGAGCCCCGAGCGCGCGCGCGACAGCCCUGCCCGGCCGGCGCUCAGAGUCGCCGGGCCCCGAUGGCCCCCGAGACCCCGGCCCAGGGGCCGACCCCACGCUACUUCACUUGGGACGAGGUGGCGCAGCGCUCCGGCCGCGGGAAGGAGCAGUGGCUGGUCAUCGACCGGAAGGUGUACAACAUCAGCGAGUUCACGCGCCGGCACCCCGGAGGCUCCCGGGUCAUCAGCCACUACGCCGGGCAGGAUGCAACGGAUCCUUUUGUGGCAUUCCACAUCAACAAGAGCCUUGUGAGGAAGUAUAUGAACUCUCUCCUGAUUGGAGAACUGUCUCCUGAGCAGCCCAGCUUUGAGCCCACUAAGAACAAAGAGCUGACCGAUGAGUUCCGGGAACUGCGGGCCACAGUGGAGCAGAUGGGGCUCAUGAAGCCCAACCACGUCUUCUUCCUGCUGUACCUACUGCACAUCCUGCUGCUGGAUGUGGCUGCCUGGCUCACUCUUUGGGUCUUUGGGACAUCCUUCGUGCCCUUCCUCCUCUGUGCAGUGCUGCUCAGCACAGUUCAGGCCCAGGCUGGCUGGCUGCAGCAUGACUUUGGACACCUGUCCGUCUUCAGCACCUCUACGUGGAACCACCUGCUACAUCAUUUUGUGAUGGGCCAACUGAAGGGGGCCCCUGCCAGUUGGUGGAACCACCUGCACUUCCAGCAUCACGCCAAGCCCAACUGCUUCCGCAAAGACCCAGACAUCAACAUGCACCCCUUCUUCUUUGCCUUGGGGAAGAUCCUCUCUGUGGAGCUUGGGAAACAGAAGAAGAAGUACAUGCCAUACAACCACCAGCACAAAUACUUCUUCCUGAUUGGGCCCCCAGCCUUGCUGCCUCUCUAUUUCCAGUGGUAUAUUUUCUAUUUUGUUAUCCAGCGGAAGAAGUGGGUGGACUUGGCCUGGAUGGUCACCUUCUACGUUCGCAUCGUCCUCACUUAUGUGCCAUUGUUGGGACUGAAAGGCUUCCUGGGCCUUUUCUUCAUGGUCAGGUUCCUGGAAAGCAACUGGUUUGUGUGGGUGACACAGAUGAACCAUAUCCCCAUGCACAUUGAUCAUGACCAGAACAAGGACUGGUUCUCCACCCAGCUCCAGGCAACAUGCAAUGUGCACAAGUCUGCCUUCAAUGACUGGUUCAGUGGGCAUCUCAACUUCCAGAUCGAGCACCAUCUUUUCCCCACGAUGCCUCGACACAAUUACCACAAAGUGGCUCCCCUGGUGCAGUCCCUGUGCGCCAAGCAUGGCAUCCAGUACCAGUCCAAGCCCCUGCUCUCAGCCUUUGCCGACAUCGUCUACUCACUGAAGGAGUCCGGGCAGCUCUGGCUAGAUGCCUAUCUUCAGCAAUAACAGCAGGCCCCCAUCUGGAAGAGGAGCGUCUGGAGCCAAAGCAGAGGGGAGCUUGAGGGACAAUGCCACUACAAUUCUAAUAUCCAGAGGGGGUGGGUUUGAGGAGAUAAAGGCUCUGACUCAAACCCCUCCCCUUUCUUCUCCAGGCACAGAUCUAAGUCUCAGAGGGGUGGGGGAACAGGCAGGCCCCCUGGAAGGAGGGAGGUAGCUGUUGGGACAGGGAUGUGAGAGUUUUGUUGUUUCCUUUUUCUAGUUUGGCAGAUGCAAUAGGUUGGUGAGCAAAGAGGAAGUCAGGAGAGUAUUAGAAGAAUAGGCAGGACCCACUGAGCCCAGAAAUCAGGAGGAAGUUUAGCAGCAAAAUUCCACCCAGGGAAGGAGUAAACUCAUGUCACCGGUCCACUUCUCAGUGCCUUCUCCACCCGUGUUUGCAAAUCUCAGAGGUUCACAGGCCGGAGCGGAGACAGGGCAGCUGAGCCUUUUGAGUAAGAUUUAGAAAGGAAGCAUGAGUGCUUAGAGUUCUGAGGCCUUGCACAAGCCAGUGCCUGGGAGCUCAGCUCACUCUACGACUAGAUGUCACCUGUGGCUGCCUCAGGCUCCCGGAGAAGCAAUUUUUCCACUUUUAGAAGCAGGCAAGGCAAUGGCUAGGACUGUGGUUAUUGGAGACAUCUGGGCCUAAAGGAUGCCAGCACUACUGAUUUUGGCCCCAUGUUCCAUCCAGGGUACUGAGGGAGCCUUAGGUCUUAGGUCUUGCCAAAACAGCUACCAGAGAGUUGCUGGCCAUUAAAAAUCCCUUCAGCUUUUGAUUCAUCUCUUCUAACCACCCCCCAAGGAAGAGAACAUUCCCAGAAUGGGGAGUCCACUUCUUGCUCCAUAAACAAGAGCAGAUGGGGCAAUUUAGUCUUCUCCCCAAAAACAAAUGGGGCUUUCAGUGGUUCCCCUUCGCUUCCCUACCUGUAAUCCAAGUUUAAUAAAAUAGCAGUCAGUGAACACAUGGGACCAAGUUGGGAGAUAGUGAAUUACCAGGCAUGAGGAAAACACACGUUUCAGCCAGAAUGUAAGGGAUGUAAGAAAUUUUCUAUAACCUAAAUUAUGUUAUAGCAUUACUUUUGAGCAGGAACAGUGGGUUAAAUAUAAUCAAGUCAUAGUUCUAAACCAGAAAUAGGAAGAUAAAAACACAGAAGUUUGUGAUCAUUGUUGUUGUUGUUAGGCAUCUUUCUCUGUUGGGGACCAGGUAGGAAUUUAGGAUAAUCAAUCUAAUACUGAAAGAGGAUUUUUUAAUUUCUUGGUUUUUGAAAGAGACAGUUUAACCCAUCUCUAGAGAGCAAACAUAGGAAUGUGCCCCAGGAGUCUCGCCUUGACUCCCAGGGCUUGUCAUUGGCAGUCACCCCCUCUUCCCUCCCCACUCCCACUCUCACCUUUCGGUUCAGGUGAGGGGAUUAUCCACCUGUUCAACAGCAUCUAUUAAGCAUAUUGAUAAUUUUGGACACUGGGUGGAGAGAACCUCAAACUAAAGGGAAAAGCAGAGCCCCAGAAGAGUUCACAUUUAGUUUUAGGAGAGUGGCCAUCAGGGAGAUGAACGUCGUACGGCAUGCUGGGAUGGGGUUAGGGCACCACCUAUGGAAAGGCUGUCGUGAUUACGUAGAAAUUUGUCAAAACAAAGACAAAAGGAUUAAAAAGGAAAAAAAAAGAGAAGGGGGAGAACAGGUUGCAGAAGAGUUUGGAUCUUUUCCAUUUGGGCAGAACCUGGUUAAAAACAGCGUAGGCAGAAAAAUGAGAAUUGAAGAGUUCUACUUUCAUUGGCUCCCUCACUCCAGAAUAGGUGCUGAUCCUUCCCCAGCCCUGCUCCCUGCUACCUAAGGUUUGGGUGUGGCGUCACCAGCCUGGCAAGCCGGCCAGCUGUGGGCCCAGGCUACACGAUCUGAGCAAACCCAGUGAAGUUUAUUGAGCCAAAGUUCAGGUCCUCAAAGCACCUCAACCACUGCGGCCUUCUCUCCUUAGCCUACACCAAUGUGGUCUCACAUGGCCACAAAAGGACACACCAGUGACAAAGAGCUCAGACUGUUCCAGUGGUAACACGAGUGAUCUCAAAUCCAAACAAUGACGGAUAAGAAAACAGGCUGAGAGAGGACAAGUCACCUCUGGUCACAGAUGUGACAGAACUAACAUUUCAACUCACUUUUUUAGGACUCCAACGUCUAUGUUUAUCUUUGUUACUUUCAUCCUCCUACCACUUUGCGGAGGCAUUCUCUUUAAUUAGGCCGGAUAUCAGUAUUCCUUUUGUGUGUGCCAAUUUUGUUACCACUUCCCCAUGACAUAAUGCUGAGAAAUAAAAUUUGAUGUUGACCCAAA